UCGGGCAAUUUAUGGUGAUGCACAAUCAAUGUCAUAGGAAGGAAAGUUCCGUUUUCCUACAUAACAGUUAUUAAUUGUAAUGUCCUCUCUAUUCUUUCUCUUCUCGGGAAGAACGUCGCUUGAUUUUAUAUUUUAAUCUUCUUUGUUUAUAUAGAUAUUUAUAUAUUUGAUCGUGGACGCUGUUAGCGCGGUGAAGCAGACAGGACGCGAUGCGCCUCGCGCUGCAGAUGCUGAUCUCCCAUGGCCGGGUGGCCCGGAAGAUGGGCCUUGGCCCGGAGUCGAGGAUUAAUAUGCUGCGGAACAUCUUGACAGGACUUGUUCGACACGAAAGGAUAGAAACUACGCAAGCCAGGGCCGAUGAAGUCCGAUUCUACGCCGAAAAGCUCAUUGACUACGCCAAGAAAGGAGACACCGAUGAAAAAGCAAUGAAAAUGGCCAAUUUUUGGCUCACGGAGAAGGACCUUGUUCCAAAGCUCUUUAAAGUCUUCGCUCCGCGUUAUGAAAACCAGUCGACUGGCUACACACGGAUGGCCCGGAUCCCUAACAGAGAGAACCUGGACAGAGCCAAGAUGGCCGUGUUGGAGUACAAAGGCAACCCUUUUCCACCUCUUUAUCCUGUGAGGAAGGAGAAUGAACUGACCCUCAUCAACCAGCUCCUCAAAGGCUAUAGAGAGGAGAGAGCAAGAGUGCUGGCUGCACAGGCUUAACUAAUUCUACCAGGUUUUGGUUUUCUCAUGCUGCAACUUGAUGCAUUUCCUCACAUGGACAGUUUUUAUGUUCUUCUGUGAGCUGAAAUCAAGAGAUCUGGAAAAUAAGUUACUGGUCAUGUAAUAAUAAAUGUUAAUUCUCUAAAGUU